AUGGUGCCCACUGUCCGUGCCUUGGCCCUGCGCUGCUCCUUCUCCUCCUCUCUCGUCCCCUUCUCCUCCUCUCUCCCCUCCUCACUCUCUUGCUCCUUCUCCCUCUUCUCCCUUUCAUCAUCCUCGUUUGGACCUUUCUCCCCCUCUCUCCCACCCUCCUCAUCCCCCUCCCCCGUUCCCUCAUCUUCGCCCGCUUCUCCUCUCUCUCCUUCAUUCAAGGAACCGUGCACUUCCUUUGUGCAAUUGUCUCCCUUUCCCUUUCUCCUUCUCCCUCCCCUAUUCCUUCCCCUCUUUUUUGCCCAUUCCCUUCUCCCUCCCCUUCUCCCCUCUCCUCUACUCCUCCCCCUUCUUCCCCCUCCCGUUCUCUCCCGUCAACUUUUCCCCCCUCCUCCUCUCCCCUCUCCUCUCCCCUCUUCUGCUCUCCUCCCCCUCCUUCCCCCUCCCAUACUCCCCCGUCAACUUCCCCCCCUCCUCCUCUCCCCUCUCCCCUCCCCUCUUCGCCUCUCCUCCCCAUUCUUCCCCCUCGCAUACUCUCCCGUCAACUUUUCCCCCCUCCUCUCUCCUCUUCUCUCCCCCCUCCUCCUCUCCUCCCUCGUCUCCUUUCGUGCUUCCUCCCUGCAGUGA